CAAUAUGUUCUUUACCCUUCUGCUUUUGCCUUAAUUUUAUGAUUUUUCAAUUUAAAUGUAACGUCUUUGCCUAGGAUUUAACGGGGGUUUCUCUCUACUGUUUUCUCUCUCUCCCACUGUUUUCUUGCUUUUUUCUUUUGGUAAUUAUCUAUUAAUCUCACUUUUCGUUGUACUGUCUCUCACUCUAGGUGUGUUGAUCUUUUUGUGGACUACUAGAGCAAAGUCUCGUUUCUGUUUCUCUCUCUAGCUGUGUUGUUCUAUCUCCAUGGAUUGCUGGAGAAAGGUCUCUGGUUAUGAGCAGGUUCCUACUUUGCUGAACUCCAAUAGAAGAACAGUCUCUGGUUUUGGGUUAGGGGUAGUUGUUGCACUUCUGGUAAUGGCUGUGGUUUUUUUGGAUUUUCCAUGCGAAUCCUUCUCAAAUCCCCUGCUCCAUUACAAUGUAUCUUAUGGUCUCUCUCCUCAACAUUCACUGCUUUACUCUCAUUACAAUUCAUCAGUGGAAGGAUUUGCGGAUUCGGAGAAGAACCAUCAAAGGAAUUGCUCUCAGUUGGGAGAGGGAAAUAGAGUUAUCCACUUAAAGAACUGCUCUCAGAUAGAAGAGAGAGAAAAAAUCGGGAAUUUUGGAGAAACCACUCAAUUAAACGGGUCUCGAACAGCGAAGAAGAGGGAUUUUAAUGGUGAUUUGAGUUCUGGAAAAGCAAAACAAGUGGGUGAAUGUGAUGUAUUUGCAGGUAAAUGGGUGAAAGAUGAAACAAAGCCAUACUACCCUGCUGGUUCUUGUGCUUAUGUAGACGAAGCUUUCGAUUGUCAUAGAAACAAAAGGCCCGAUUUUGAGUAUGAAAAAUGGAGAUGGAAGCCCGAUGACUGUGAUAUCCCCAGUCUAAAUGCUACUGAUUUCUUGGAGAGGCUUAGAGGGAAGAGGCUAGUCUUUGUUGGGGAUUCAUUGAAUAGGAAUAUGUGGGAGUCUUUGGUUUGCAUACUUCGCCACAGUGUCGGGAACAAAAGUACAGUCUAUGAGAUAUCGGGAAGAAGAGAAUUCCGAACACAAGGAUUUUAUGCUUUUCGAUAUGAGGGCUACAAUUGUUCUGUAGAAUUUGUUAGAGCUCCUUUCCUGGUUCAGGAGUGGUCUGUUAAUGGUACAAAUGGAACUGAGGAGGAGACUCUAAGGCUGGAUCUAAUGGAUAAGAAAACUUUGAAAUAUAGAGAAGCUGACGUUAUUGUCUUUAACACAGGCCAUUGGUGGACCCAUGAGAAAACCUCUUUGGGAAAAGAUUAUUACCAAGAAGGUGACUAUGUUUAUCCGUCAUUGAAUGUCAUGGAAGCUUAUAGAAAGGCACUCACAACUUUGGCCAAAUGGGUCGAUGAGAACAUUAAUUCCACCAAAACUUGGGUCUUCUUCAGAGGAUUCUCUAUCACCCAUUUCAGUGGCGGCCGAUGGAACUCGGGAGGGCAAUGUCACAAGGAAACUGAACCAAUUUACAACAAUGCCUACCUCAAAAAAUACCCCCCAAAAAUGAAAGUCUUAGAAUCAGUUCUUCACAAGAUGAAAACUCAUGUAACUUAUCUCAAUAUCAGUAGAAUGACAGAUUACAGAAAAGAUGCACACCCCUCAGUUUACAGAAAGCAAUUUAAAUCCCCUGAAGAAUUUGCAGCGGCUGAGAAAUCUCAAGAUUGUAGUCAUUGGUGCUUGCCUGGAGUUCCUGAUACAUGGAAUGAGCUGCUCUAUGCUUCCCUUUUAAUAAAAGGCUUUUAACAGAAAGUUGAGCUUUCAGGAUUCUCCAACGAAGAGACAAAUUUGCAAAGAGUUUUCCCCCAAAAGCAGUUUUCAACUAGAUUCAGUUUAUUUUAUUGAACUGUUUCUCGAUCUCAAGAUGGGUUAUGUAAUUUAUUGUGAAGUCUAUUUGGAGAGCAUGUGGAUCUAUAUCAAUUAUGUCUGAAUGAUUCAGGCUGAUCAGUGCUGAACUUUAGUAAAAUCUUUGAUGGUAGGAAUUUGGGGGAACUGAUUGGAUUAUUAUUUGGAUUGUAACUAUGACAUUGUUAAGAUCUUGGUUAAGAUGGAAGAGAAAAUUUUUGAUGGUUUG